AUGAAAGCGAAAGAGGAAGAUGUAUUUGAAGCAGUGCUGUCCUGGACAAACGAACGGUGUCGGAAGGAAGGUGUGAGUGACACGCCUGAGAACAGACGGAGGCUCCUUGGGGAGAUGCGAUAUGAGAUCCGGUUUACCAGUCUGUCACUGGAGUUUCUUGUGAACGUUGUUGGUCCCUCGGGAGUGCUGACAGACAGUGAGAGAAUACGCAUCGUGGACAGAAAUAUAAACUCCAGUGUUGAUAUUACUCCUUUUAACCAUUCACUGAGGAGAACAGCCCUCCCAGAACACAGAAAUACAUCUAAAACGUUAAGAUAUGUUAAAAGGUUUCAACACAUAUCGUGUUUUGAGAGUUCAAGACCAGGAACACACUCAAUCUCGUUUGUGCCAUCUCAGAGCAUCCAUCUGGAGGGAUGUCAACUAUAUGGCGGACCCUUUGGUACAGUGUACAUGGUGAAUAUCAGGGUGUAUAACUCUGAGAAUAUGCUGAUUGGAGAGCCGUUGCUGAACACCAGGAUGAAACUGAAGAGUCGUUGUCAGGGGAAUGACGUGUUGUUCCGCAGGUGCGUGUCCCUGACCGCUGGGUCGACCUAUACUCUGUGUGUGGACAUGGAUGGAGGUCCCACUGCCAGUGGUGAAGGGAACAGGAAACAGUAA